AUGGAGCCAACCCCUGAGCAAUGCAAAGAAUCUAUAAAAGAAACGCAAAAGAGCAUAAGGCAGUUACAAAAAGCCAUGCAAGAGGCUAAACAAAAGAAACAGGAUACAAGCGCAAAAAUGGAUAUACUCAACAGUGAGUAUGGUAAACUAGCUCAACUACGACUCGAUCAUGCCGAAUCAAUCAAGAGUGAAUGGCAAGUGUAUUGUAAAGAGCAGCGUGCUAUUAGAAAAGCAGAUGCUGAAAAGAGACAGGUUGAAUUUGAUGAGGAAUUGUCAGCACAGGAUAAAGAGAGAAAGAAAACAUGGAAUAAAAAAAAGAUGACAAGCAAGCAAAAGAUUGAGGCGUGUCAACAGCUGAUAGAACUGCUAAAGGACCAAAAGAAUCUAGAGAUAGUGAAUGAUACCGAUUUCCAUAUUGAUACCUCUAUCAUCAUGAUGCCGUCUUCUACUAUGGAACUAUUUUGGGCACUGGAUAUUGACCCUCCUAUCAUGAAGUCAGAAAUUGAUUCAACCAUUACGUUAUUGUCACAGAUGAUUUGA